UCUUAUUGUUGCUCGAAAGGGUGGCAGACAAAAGCCAUGUCCGGUGGCAAAGAAGCAGGUGGGGUCCACCCCUACCAGCCACAACAGAGCCAGCAACACGCGCAAUAUGUGGGGCCCUACCGGCUGGAGAAGACCCUGGGAAAAGGACAGACGGGUCUGGUGAAGCUGGGCGUGCACUGCAUCACAGGGCAGAAAGUCGCGAUAAAGAUUGUGAACCGGGAAAAGCUUUCUGAGUCAGUCCUGAUGAAGGUGGAACGGGAAAUUGCUAUUCUGAAACUCAUUGAACACCCCCAUGUGCUCAAGCUCCAUGACGUCUACGAGAACAAAAAAUAUUUAUACCUGGUCUUGGAACACGUCUCAGGAGGAGAACUCUUUGACUACCUGGUAAAGAAAGGACGCCUCACACCCAAGGAAGCCAGGAAGUUUUUCCGGCAAAUUGUCUCGGCUUUGGACUUCUGCCACAGCUAUUCUAUAUGCCACCGGGACUUGAAACCAGAGAAUUUAUUGCUGGAUGAGAAGAACAACAUUCGGAUUGCAGAUUUCGGCAUGGCCUCCCUGCAGGUCGGAGACAGCCUGCUGGAAACGAGCUGUGGUUCUCCUCACUAUGCAUGUCCUGAGGUGAUCAAGGGGGAGAAGUAUGAUGGACGUCGCGCCGACAUGUGGAGCUGUGGAGUCAUCCUCUUUGCCCUGCUGGUGGGGGCGCUACCCUUUGACGACGACAACCUACGGCAGCUGUUGGAAAAAGUGAAACGGGGGAUUUUCCACAUGCCCCACUUCAUCCCGCCUGACUGCCAGAACCUCUUGCGGGGCAUGAUUGAGGUGGAGCCUGAGAAGCGUCUUAGCCUGGAACAGAUUCAGAAACACCCGUGGUUCUUGGGAGGUAAGAACGAGCCAGAGCCAGAGCAACCAAUUCCGCGGAAGGUGGCAAUCCGACGGAUCCAGUCUGUCAGCGAAUUGGAUCCUGAUGUGCUGGAGAGCAUGCACUCGCUGGGCUGUUUCCGUGACAAGAACAAGUUGAAGCAGGAGCUGCAGAACGACGGGGAGAACCAGGAGAAAAUGAUUUACUACCUUCUACUCGACCGCAAGGAGAGAUAUCCCAGCUGCGAGGAUGAGGACUUACCUCCACGCAAUGAUGUUGACCCCCCUCGGAAGCGGGUCGACUCGCCCAUGCUGAACCGGCAUGGAAAGCGCCGGCCUGAGCGGAAGUCCAUGGAAGUCCUGAGUGUCACGGACGGCGGUUCCCCAGUCCCGGCCCGACGGGCCAUAGAGAUGGCACAACAUAGCCAGAGGUCUCGAUCGGUGAGUGGUGCGUCCACUGGCUUAUCGUCUAGUCCCCUCAGUAGCCCCAGGGUCACUCCCCACCCCUCCCCUCGGGGAAGUCCCCUCCCCACUCCGCUCGGCACCCCGGUGCACACGCCCAAAGAGAGCCCCAGCGGCACUCCCGGUGGGACGCCACCGAGCAGCCCUGGCGUGGCCGGCGUGGCCUGGAAAACCCGCCUCAACUCCAUCAAGAACAGCUUCCUUGGCUCCCCGCGUUUUCACCGCCGGAAACUGCAAGUUCCCACACCAGAGGAAAUGUCCAGUCUUACUCCAGAGUCAUCCCCUGAGCUAGCCAAGAAAUCCUGGUUUGGGAAUUUUAUCAACCUAGACAAAGAGGAACAAAUUUUUGUGGUCAUCAGAGACAAACCCCUGAGCUCCAUCAAGGCUGACAUUGUACAUGCCUUCCUCUCGAUCCCCAGCCUGAGUCACAGUGUCGUAUCCCAAACAAGCUUCCGGGCCGAAUACAAGUCGUCAGGCGGCCCCUCCGUCUUCCAGAAACCUGUCAAGUUCCAAGUGGACAUCAGCUACUCCGAGGGUGGGGAGGCGCACAAGGACAGCGGGAUCUACUCGGUCACCUUCACCCUCAUCUCAGGUCCCAGCCGCCGGUUUAAGCGAGUUGUGGAAACGAUUCAGGCGCAACUGCUCAGCACACACGACCAGCCUUCGGUGCAAGCCCUUGCAGAUGAGAAGAACGGGCAGCAGCCCCGUUUGCCAGGCACCCCAACUCGCAGCUGCCAGCCAUCUCGGCGCUCCGAAUCCGACGUCUCGUCCGAACACCAUCGACGUGGCUCCAAGGACAAGAAGCUCGUCUCGUCCAACGGGACUCAAGUCCAGCAACCGCCACCCCCGUCCCCACAGCAGCCGUGACGUACGGGGCAGGGGGCCAGCACAGGGGAGGCCAGGGGGAGAAGCAGCCGGAGGAAGCCAACUCUACCGCCCCUGGGAAUAGCUGGAGCCGCCCCAGAUGGACAGAAAGGAGCCAAUGAACUGUACGGAUGGGUAAAAGGCCCCACCAGAGACGCAAAGGGGCGGGGAUUGGUUCAAAUUUAACAGCCCCGUCUCACCCCGGGGCGGAAAGUCGCCAUCUUGGGAGCGGCCCAUACUGUGAACUUGUAAAUAGUUAACAGAAAACAAAACAGAUCCACAAAAGAACAGAAGGGGAGGGGGGGGAAGAACAUAAAAUGGAAACAAAAACAAAGAAAAAGAUGGUGGACUGAAGAAAGCAAACAAACCGGAGGAGGAGGAGGAGGAGGAGGAACCGGGCAGGAGCCGGUGGGGCUUGGGAGAUUUAAUCUGAUUCCUUUGUGGGGGAGGGGGGAAGGGGGUGCCUUUAUUUACUUGAGCCCUUUUCACAGACUCCGUCCUGAUUUCAGUUUGGUCUACGCCAUGAGACAUCCUCUUUCUCCUGCUUUUCCUUCUGUGGCCUAUAAAGCAUCAACUUAUUUACAAUAUCAUAGGAGCAUUAGCUAAAAUUGCGAGACAGAGCUAGUCGGAAGAUUUCUUGUUUUAGGAGAGGAAUUGAAAAGUGUCCAUUCCCCUCCUUUCUUCUUUGGAUUUUUCCA